AUGGAUAAUGAAUACAGUAUUGAUGAGGAUGAUGAUGAUGAAGUCUUCUUACAUGAGGUUGACAUAGAUGGUGAGUGGGGUAGAGCAAAUGCUGAGCAAUCAGUACCAAAGCCUUCAUUUGUGAAAGACUUUGUAGAUAAUGAAGACAUGUAUGCAAACAGUGAUGAGGAGCAGCACCUUAGGAGAGCACCACAAUCAGAUGAGGAGAGCACUGGUCGUAGAUUCCCAGAGUUUAAUCCUUCUUGUGACAUAGGAACUGUGGAGUUUGAAUCUGAGAAGUAUAGGAUUAGGGCAAUUUGUGUAGCUGAGAACUGUCCUUUUGAGAUUUAUGCAUCCAAGAUGCAACAUGAAGACACACUACAAGUGAAGAGACUAGAUCCCAAACACACUUGUAGCAGGGUAUGGGAAAACAAAAAGGUAAGAUCUUCAUGGUUGGCUCAAACAUUUGUGGAGGAGGUGAAGACAAACCCCACUGUACCAGUGGUGUCCUUGAAGGCAACAAUACAGAGGAAUAUUAACAGUGGAAUAUCACUGUCCAAGGUUAGGAGGGCAAAGAAUAAAGCUUUGAAAAUCCUAGAAGGUUCCAUUAGUGCACAAUAUGCUAGACUCUGGGACUAUGCUACAGAAUUGAGGAACACAAAUCCUGGAACAACAGUGCAAAUCAAAUGUGAUUUCAACGCAUUGUUACAAAUGCCUGUGUUCCAAAGAAUGUACAUUUGCUUGGGUGCCUGUAAGGAGGGAUUCAAGGCUAGAUGCAAACCUGUAAUAGGACUAGAUGGCAUUUGA